UCGUCACGCGCGGCCACCGACGCCGGGAGCCAAAAAUAACUGGGCGCCCCCACAAAUCGCUCUCUCCUCCACCUUCCUCCCUCCUCUGCCCCAAGAUCCACUCCGCUUCCUUCUCCGAGCGCCACCACCUCGUCCACGGCGCCGAUCCAUCUCUCCGACAACAAAGCGCGCAUCUUGCUCUGCUUGGUUGCUGCCACCGCCGACGCCAGCUUUCGUCCGGCCGGCCUGGUUUGGCCGUUCAAAAGGAGGAUAAGGCGCCGCGCCCGAGGAGCAGGACCUGCCUUUCCGGCGGUUGCUGCAUCGCUUCCGGCCGCUUGUGGCCGCGAACGUGGCGGCGGUGGAGCCACGACGGGGCAGGCCUUGUCUGCUGCUGCAUUGGGCCUCGUACGUCGAGGUGGCGCGCGACAGGCGGAUUUGAGGCGCGGAUGGUUGCCGCUGCACGCAAGGCGCUCCCCCCGCCGGUCCAUGGUUGAUGGGGACGUGGAAGGCGGCCAUGGGGGGGAAGGCGGCCGGCGCGGGGGGUAAGCCGGCCGGCAGCGAGAAGCACAGGUGCCCGCCGGCCGCCCGGUCGCGGAUGAAGCUGUGGAUGGUGCGCGCCACCACCACGGUGCUGCUCUGGACCUGCGUCGUGCAGCUCACCGCCGUCGGCGAGACCUGGGGCCCGCGCGUGCUCAAGGGCUGGCCAUCCUGCCUCACCGCGCCCGACGAGGCCGCCGUGCGGGCGGACCACGCCGUCGAGAAGGCCGCGGCAUUGCCCCCCAAAAGAAUUUACAGGAACAAUGGUUACUUGAUGGUCUCGUGCAAUGGUGGUCUUAACCAAAUGCGAGCUGCCAUAUGCGACAUGGUUGUGAUAGCAAGAUAUUUGAAUGUCACCUUGGUUGUGCCUGAGUUGGACAAGACUUCAUUUUGGAAUGAUCCUAGUGAGUUCCAAGAUAUAUUUGAUGUUGAACAUUUUAUAACCUCGUUACGAGAUGAAGUUCGCAUACUUAGAGAAUUGCCUCCACGGGUAAAGCGAAGAGUUGAACUUGGUAUGUUCCACUCAAUGCCACCUAUCAGCUGGUCUGAUAUCUCCUACUACCAUAAUCAGAUUCUUCCAUUGAUACGGAAACACAAGGUUCUACAUUUGAAUAGAACUGAUGCUAGGUUAGCAAACAAUGGUUUACCUAUGGAUAUUCAGAAACUACGGUGCCGAGUAAAUUAUGCCUCUCUGAGAUUUACGGCCGAAAUUGAAGAUUUGGGCAAGCGAGUAAUAAGGAUGCUUCGCCAAAAUGGUCCUUUCUUGGUUCUUCAUUUACGUUAUGAAAUGGAUAUGCUGGCUUUCUCUGGUUGUACUCAAGGUUGUAGUAACGAAGAAGCAGAAGAGCUCACAAGAAUGAGGUAUGCUUAUCCAUGGUGGAAAGAGAAAAUCAUUGACUCUGAUUUGAAAAGAAAAGAUGGCUUUUGCCCAUUGACACCAGAGGAGACUGCUCUUGUUCUAAGAGCAUUAGACAUUGAUAGAAGUAUGCAAAUAUACAUUGCAGCUGGAGAAAUAUAUGGUGGAAAACGUAGGAUGGCAGCUCUCACUUCAGCUUAUCCAAACGUGGUGAGGAAAGAGACGCUCUUGGAACCUUCUGAUCUAAUGUUCUUCCAGAACCAUUCUUCGCAAAUGGCGGCACUAGAUUACAUGGUUUCUUUAGAAAGUGAUAUAUUUGUUCCCACAUAUGAUGGCAAUAUGGCCAAAGUUGUUGAGGGUCAUCGCAGGUUCAUGGGUUUCAAGAAGACGGUUUUGUUAGAUCGAAAACUUAUUGUUGACCUAACAGAUCAGUACAACAAUGGUUCAUUGCGAUGGGAUGAGUUCUCUUUGCUGAUCAAGGCUGCCCAUGCCAACAGCCGGAUGGGGUCAGCCUCAAAGCGGACGGUGAUUCCCGAUAGACCCAAGGAAGAGGACUACUUCUAUGCAAAUCCCCAGGAGUGCCUGAAAGACCCCGAUCUUCUGCGCACAUCAUGAUAAACACCAUUCAUGUCAAUAUUCCAUUCACCUUAUACCGUUUUGUCACAAACACAACGAAUCUGAUAUCUGGAUUCAUGGUUAAAGGGGGCGGCUCGGCUUAUGCUCGAGACGUAGAUAAGUCAAUGUAAACCAGGGGAAAGGGGAGGACAUGACUAUUGUACAUCUGGAUGUAGUUGCCUAGCUGGUAAAUACACGUUAUAGAAAAGGGGGCCUGAAUUGUUAAUCUCACCAAAUAAGGAUUGAUACUGAUACUCUUGUAUAGAUGUACCACGAAGAGGAAAGUAAUUUAAAGAGAGAAGUCAGACAGAGAUGCUUGAUUCACAUUUCUGUCCUUUGGGCUGUGUAA